AUUUGCCAUGAAUGAUGGCUCAAAACAAGCGAAUACCCGUGUCCUGGACGAAGGACAAAGUUCAUCAGCGCUUGAAAUCACCACCCCAUCGGCAAGGCCAAUUGGACAGAAGACUGCAAAGUGUAAAGUAAGACAAGAUGAGGUCGAACGAAGCAAGAUUAUUGUUCUGGAGAAAAUGGCCGCUACUACGCAAGAGAGAAAUGAUAUUAUGCGUCAUGCUAAUCGCAUCAAGAUUGUUACAACAAGUCUCGAUGGUUUGGACGAAGUGUCCAAACAAAUUCUAAGGUUGGAGAAGCAAAAAAUCCUGGACGAAAUGCUAUAUGGAUCGAAUCUGGGUAAUCCUGGAACAUCGGACAUAGGGUUGAUCACUGACGAUCCACAGGGAAUCAAUCAAGAUUUGCAAGAGAUAAAAUUUGCAAGUGAUAUUAAUUCCGGAGCAUCCAGCAGUCAGAAGACAGAAAUAAGUAGAGCUGUUUUGGAGGAUUGCUCAUUUGAAGGGGGUUACGUCACAUUCGACCCGAACUCGCUGAUAGUAUCUGACUACGAAAGCGACUGAAAAUGAUACUUACUGAUUAAAUCUAUGUAAGAUCUUUUAAGAGUAAAAACCAUUAAUUUUAAAAUAACAUAAAAAGAUAUAUAAGCCGAUAAAUGGUUUAUUAAGAAUGUUAUGACAUGGUUUGUUAAAACUUAACUAAGUACACUAAACAUUUAAAGCUGAUAUAACAAUAUGUACUUCCUUUACUCGAGAAUACGCUACGAAUUCUCUUCUAUGAAUACUAUUAUAGAUAGGUUUAACUGAAUAAAUCACUGUUCACUGCGAAAGUUUCACAGGUGUUCUAUUAAAUCUUUACGAAGCGAUAAACUGUUUGCAGGGUUUGCAGGGCACGAGCUGCGCAAUACUCUUUGAACGUUUUAGGAACAUUUCCCAUAGGUUGUAUGUCUGGAUGGAUACCAUCGCCACCUUCUCUAAUCUCGUUAUGUGAAUACUCAAUCCGCAUAUUGUGUAAUAUGAUGCAUGCAUGCAUAACCGAAAUCAUAGUGGAUAUAUCCCAUAAUCGACAAGGAUUUUUCGUGAUCUGCCAUGUGUUGGUUAGAUGGCUGAAGGUGCGUUCGACAUCCUUUCUCAGUGACUCUUGAGUUGUUGCAAAGUGUUGUUCUUUUGCAUUUGAUGGAUGUGAAAUUGUUUUUACGAAACAGCUCCAGUCAGGAUAAAUUCCGUCCCCCAGAAAAUAACCUCUUUCUCGUGUCUUUCUGUUCAACUCGUAAGUGA